CAGAUUGUCAGAAUUUAUUUGACAUUUAGGUUUUAUUGCCAUUGGAAAAAAAAUAAAUUAUCAAAUAUCAAUAACUUAUUAAUUUGCGUACCCAGUUUAAGUACAUAAAAGUAUUUUUAAUCACUAUGAGUUGUGAUAAUGAGUAGACAAAGUUAUAAGUAAUCGUGAGGAAAUGUAUGACGGUACUUGUGGUGCGGGUACGACCGUACAAUGUGGGACGGCACAGCACGAAUGCGAUGGACCCUUGUCACGCGAGCCUCCACCGGCACCUCUGGAGCGAGAUUACAGCGGUUUUGAUAUUGUUAAGGCAACUCAGUAUGGAGCUUACAAUAGGGUCAAGGAGCUGGUGGAGGCUGGCUGGGAUGUUAAUCAGCCUGACCAUGAAACAGUCACUCUACUGCACUGGGCAGCUAUCAACAACAGGCGUGAAAUCAUCGAGUAUCUGCUGUCGAAGAACGCAAAGGUGGACGCUAUCGGGGGCGAGCUGCAGUCGACGCCGCUGCACUGGGCCACGCGGCAGGGACACCUGGAGGCCACGGUGCUGCUCGUGCGCGCCGGCGCCGACCCGGCGCUGCGCGACGCCGAGGGCUGCGCGUGCCUGCACCUGGCGGCGCAGUUCGGGCACACGGCUGUGGUGGCGUACCUCGUGGCGCGCGGCGUGCCGCCCGACGCGCCCGACGCGGGCGGCAUGACGCCGCUCAUGUGGGCCGCGUGGAAGGUCACGGCCGUGGACCCCACGCGCCUUCUGCUGUCGCUGGGCGCCUCCACGAGCCCGCAGGACCGCUCGCACGGCAACACGGCGCUGCACUGGGCGAUCCUCGCCCGGAACUCUACCGCUAUCUGUACUCUGAUUCUUUACGGUAAUGCGAGCUUAGAUGUCCCGAAUCAUCGUGGUGUCACUCCUUUGACAAUGUUGCAGAACAAUCCUAACGCGGUGUGGAUCGGUAGCAAAGUCGCCGAGAAAGUUAAAGAGUUAUCUACCUCGAGAAGUAACUGCUUUCGUAGAAUAACAUAUGAUAGAAAAUUUAGGUGGUGGUGCGUAGUCAUCAUACCUUUCCUCGCAUUUUAUAUAACCGGAAUGGUGGUCGAACUGGACGCGCCGCAGCUCCUGAAACUCCUGAUAUUGAUCUGUUUCUACGCCCUGUUACACUUCGUGUCGAAUUUCUUGUUCGACGACGAGCUGAAGAACAUAUUUCCCCUCAGUAUCUAUUUGGCGACAAAGGCGUGGUUCUACAUCACGUGGCUGGUGGUGAUCGCGCCGGCCGUGAGCGCGGGCGCCACGCUGGCCUUCCUGCUGAGCUCGCUGCUGCUGUGGCACACGUUCCUGCGCUCGUGGCGCGCCGACCCCGGCGUCAUCUCCGCCACGCGCCAGGAGAAGAUGCAGCGAACGAUAAUAGCAAGAGGCGGUGUGUCGUGCCGGCAGACUAUCAUCGAGCUGUCGGAAGGUGGCGGCGGCGGGUUCGAGGCGGCGCGCUUCUGCUCCGCGUGUCUGCUGCGGCGCCCGCUGCGCUCCAAGCACUGCUCCGUGUGCAACCGCUGCGUCGCCAAGUUCGACCACCACUGCCCCUGGGUCGCCAACUGCAUCGGCGCUGAGAACCACCGCCACUUCGUGGGCUUCCUGCUGUGCCUGAUGGCCAUGUGCGGCUGGAUGCUGUGGGGCGGCGUGCGCUACUACGGCACGGCAUGCGGCGCUGACGCGCUGCGCUGGCCCGCCUGCAACGCCUGGCUCGCCUGGGUGCUGCUCAACGCGCUCUUCCACCUCUUUUGGGUCUCCGUACUCUCCUGCUGCCAGCUCUACCUGGUGGUGUGUCUCGGCAUGACGACAAACGAGCAGCUGAACCGCGGGCGCUAUCGGCACUUUCAGGAGCGCGGCGGGCGCUCGCCCUUCUCGCGCGGGCCACUCAACAACCUGGCCGACUUCCUGCAGCUGCCGCUGUGCGGGCUGGCGGCGCCGCGCCGGCGCGACUGGGCCGCGGCCGGGCUGGGCGGGCUGGCCGGGCUGGACGGGCUGGACGGGCUGGCCGGGCUGGACGGGCCGGCCGAGCGCCGCCCGCGCGCGCCGCACGACUACGUGUGAGCGCUGCGGCAUUGACCCCUCGCUAUCUGAUUUUUCAUUCCGCAUCGUUUCCGCAUGGCGCGAGGCGUGAGGCGGCCGCUCCGGAAGCGUGUCGCUUCGAGUGUGUCGCGUGUGUUUCCUAGUGAAAAUGUAAAUAGUUUGUAUUUCAUUUUAUUUUAUCGAUUAGCACGAUAGUUGUGACCCGCGAACGAGCCCAGGUUCCGCGUGAACCGCGUUCGCUUCGGAAGCGCACGAUAUUAAUUUACGCUUUCUAAAUUAUUAAAUUAUACAUAGCCGCGAUGGUUUUUGAGUCGCAUGUCGCAUCCGAAGCGGUCGUUUCCUCUAUUGAAUGUACUCGACGAAACGAUGACUAAUAUCUAUGUUAACUUUACUGUUUUAAGGAUAAUUAUUGAGUCCACGAUCUAUAAUAUUUGUAAACGCAACAAUACUAGUAGUGCCAUACACUUUUUUUUAUCGCUUACGUACCGUAGAUGAUGGACUUAAUAUCUAAGAAAGUCGAUUAUAUAAAAAUGAAUACUGUUUUUAAAUUUAAAGUAAACAGUCUCAAGGAGGCGAGACAUUUAAUCAGUUGUAAUGAGACAGAGUACAUUUUUUCAUCGUUCAGAGUAGAAUAUUUAUAUUCAAUUUAAUUGUAAAUACCUUAUGUAAUCGUUUGAGACUCGCUACUUAGCUUCAUAAUCACGGACGGUAUUGUAUUAACGGGUUACGACAGUGUGCCAGCCUCACUUACAAUAUAAACUGACAAGCCGUACAAAUGUGCUGGUUAUUUAAUCAGCCUCAGAACGGCCUCAGGAAUGCCCAAAUAAGUUGUCGUACCUACUGCGGAAAAUGUUGAGUGUUUAUUUAUGUGAAAUUUUUUUGUAUAGAAUCAAGUAUUAUUGUUAAAUAAGAUGAAACCAAAAUGCAUUUUAAUUAAUAAAUUAUCUACGAUAUUCA